AUGAGCCAGCUGGGGAGCCAGGCCAGGGCCCACAGGGUGAUCCGCUUCUGCCCCGAGUGCGGGGGGGAGGUGCAGCCGUCCUUCCACUUCUGCCCGUACUGCGGAGGCUCGCUGCCGGGAGGGGACGCCGCGGAGGACGGAGCCGCGGAGGACGGAGCCGCGGAGGACGGAGCCGGGGAGGAGCUCGCCCACGCCGCUGCCGCCAGAGCAGGUCCAAAGAAGAGAGAGGCCCACCUGGGUCAGGGGGACCAGAAGAAAAAAGCGAAGUGCUCCGUGCCGGGCGCCUCCCCUCCUUCGUCCCCCAGCAGAGCCCUGCAGAGCUCCAAGGAGGCGGCGUCCCCCGGCUUCCCGGGGAAGGGCAGAGGCCAGUCGCCCCGCCAGAGACAGAGGCCCGCCCAAGCGGCACCCCCGGAGGCGUGGGGGGAGUUCAACGUCCUGACGGACAUUAAGGGCCAGCGCUGGAGGCUGGGCUCCCGGGUGCUGACUUGUGACAAUGGGACGACUCUGUUCGAAGCCGUGUCGGACUCGGAAGCCGCCCUGCGGAAGCAAAGGUUCUCCCUCAAACUGGACUUCAAAAAUGGACGCCUCUUCCACGAGCAGAACUUCUUCCAGAGAGCCGUGAAGCCGAAAGAAGUGGAAAAGUGGAAGAAAUCGCACUUCGUGCCCUUCCUGGCCAUCCCGACGUGCGUCAGCUUCGGCCUGCACCUGGAUGACUACAGGUUCAUGGUGUUCCCGGACCUGGGCAGAAGCCUCCAGUCGAUCCUGGACGAGCGGCCCGGCCACGUGCUGACGGAGCGGACGGCCCUGCACGUCCUCUUCAGACUGGUGGACGCCCUGGAAUUCAUCCACGAGAAUGAGUACGUUCACGGAAACAUCUCCACAGAGAACAUCUUUGUGCACCCGGACACUCCUGGCCAGGUCACCCUGGCUGGCUACAGCUGUGUGUUCCGAUACUGCCCAGGGAACAAGCACGUCGCCUACGUGGAGUGGAAGAGGAGCCCCCACCAAGGGACUCUGGAGUUCAUCAGCCUGGAUCUGCACAAGGGGACAGAUCCCUCCCGCCGAAGCGACAUGCAGGCCCUGGGCUACUGUGUCCUGAAGUGGCUCUACGGGGCGCUGCCCUGGACCAGCGAGCUUCCUGACGCGCGGGCCGUCAUGAGGAACAAGGAGAGGUUCAUGAACAAUGUGGCUGAGCUCAUGAGGCAGUCCUGUGGCCAAAGAAAGCCCCCAGAAGCUCUGAAGACCUACCUGAAUGCUGCAAUGGCUCUCCAGUAUGAGGAGAAACCCAACUAUAGCAUGCUGGAGACGGUCGUGAGGGCGGCUCUUAAAGAACACCAUGUUGAACCCUACGAAUCCAUCAGCCUCCUCACUGUCGAAUAGAUUUCCCAGCUUCCCCGUUUGAGCGUCUUCUUACAAAGUGAUUUUGAAGCCAGUCCGCACCUCGUCUGGAGCCAUGUUGGACGUGCACUUGAGUGUGGAAGCCCCCCGGCUACUUGGGAGCCAUUUAGAAAUUCUCUCAGAAAGCGCCUUUCUUAGAUCUUGGGACAGUGAAGAGUCUCAUCCCCUCCCACCAGAAGCCGCAGCGCAGACAGACCCGGAGAGCAAAAGGGGGGCCCCACGCGGGGCAGGGCAGGGCGGUUUGCGCUUGGCCCUCUCAGAGGCUCGGCUCCUCUGGGGCGUCUGGAGGUCUGCUUGUGGCUACCCCAACCUCAGAGGCGCAAACGCUGGUGGCUCUGUCCAUGGCAGACGGGCUUCUUUGAGGCACUGUGAAACGUUCCCGUCAGUCCACUUCACGGUCUCGCAGCCGUAGUCAAACCCCCAUUAAUGUGGUCGGGAGCCUCCACACCCAGCCCCGAUGCAUGCACGCAGAGCCCUCUAGGGGGCGCUCACGCUGGACUUCCCGUUCCAGGGGUUCCGUCCAGCCCCGCGCAUGGCCCACGUGCCCCGGCCAUACCGUGUCCGGCUUCUUGUUCUCAGUUUGUUCUCUGGACUUCCCGGUGCUUGGCCUCCCAGCGAUUCCUGGGCCCGGCCGUGAGAAAGGCCCUUAGGAAGCGUCUACACCAGCCCCAAACUAGAAGUGACCACGUGUGGGGAGAGAAAGCUGCGGCACUCCAGGAGGCUCGUUGGACUUGCCUAGAGGAGUUCUUGUGCAGCGCCCAAGAAGGACUAUUCCUCGAAAGGAGGCCCCACUUGUGAAGCGGCCACCGAGGGGGAGGGCCGAGAGCGCGGAUGGGGAGACGGGCCUGGGAUGGGGCACAGAGGCGGCGAUUCCAGCCCCCGGAGCUCCGAACCAGAACCAGGACUCCUCUGGGACGCCCUCCCGGAGCAGUUCUCCAGAUCCUGCUGGGAGAGCCCAAGUCAGGAGAGGCCUUGAGGAUCAGGUCCCAGCACGGGGCCUGGGAGAGGCCCCCAGAGCCAGCCUGCUGCCCGCCCCGCCAUGCUCUGGGCAUUUCUAAAGUUCUCUGGCCCAGCGCCCCACUUUCCUCAGGGGCUUGUGGAGCUGGGAGGGAGCUGCUCAGCGGUUCCUCGGGCGCACCACCCGGGGCCUCGCAGCCACCAUCCAAGCCGCUCUCUUCCCAAAGAUCCCGGAGCCCGGGGCCAUUUCCUCCUCUGGCACCCUGAGGCCGCCCCGGGGAGUGUCCGAGGCCAGAGCCGGCCUUCCUGCCCGCUGCAGAUCCUUCACUCUCCUUUCAGGCCCAUUUAUUGCCCUGGUUUCCCCCCUGGCGCUGCUCUUGUGUUUUCCCAUUUUAUGAUUCUUUUAAAAGUGAUGCCCGCCUCGCGCUGUCUCAUGCCCGCCUCACACCCAUCAAUGAACCAAUGCUAGUUAAGGACGCUGGGGGGGGGGAGGGGCUCCUGGCAGCCGCUGUCAACCCUGCGGGUGUCGUUUGGGAAUGAAACAGAGUAAACGGAGUCUGGACUCGU